UAUUGCAACAUUGAGCUAGUUCUGUCAGAUUGUCUCAAUGCAGUCAAUAGUAUUUUUGUUGUAUUUUGUGCACAGAUCUCUUGUAUCUGGAUGAUGAAAGCAAAAAACGCAGCUGUGAACAAUAGCUCGCGAGUGGCUGACCUGAGCGUGCACUAAAACCCUGUGACUAUGACUACUUCGGAACUGGACAGCCGCAACAUAGCAAUUUCCAUGCGAAAGUCUGUGGAGAACCUGGUGAUAUCGUCGCAAGACGCCAUCGGGCAGAGCAUCAGCCAGGCUCUUACCUUCUCCGGGGUCAUCACACAGCACACCAACCAGAUCCUGCAGGAAACCAAAAACUUGUCACGUUCGCCAUCGCCAUCUUUACGCAACCCUGACAUCAACGCUGAACAGCUAGAAAAUGACAAGGAUGGAGCGCCCGAUUCGUUGUCUCUCGGCAGUGCCAGCGAACUUUCCAUACCGACGGCCGUGGCGCUACGGAGCGAGCAGAGGGUAUCCUCGGCUGGGCAGCGCGCGUCCGAAGGUCGCUCCAAAAAGAAGAGCUGGUACAGCUCCUUCUACCCCACCUAUAAGAGCAAGUGUGAGGACUUCAAGCGGCUCUUUAAAGAGCUGCCAGACGAGGAGCGACUUAUUGUUGAUUACUCCUGCGCCCUACAGAAAGACAUCCUGGUCCACGGCCGCCUGUACGCGUCGCAGAACUACCUCUGCUUCCACGCCAGCAUCUUCGGGUGGGAGACCAGCUUGUCGCUGCGAUGGAAGGAUGUCACCGCUAUUACCAAAGAGCGAACUGCACUGGUGAUACCAAACGCGAUCCUCAUCUGCACUGAGACGGAGAAAAAUUUCCUCACAUCAUUCUCAGGCCGGGACAAAUCUUAUCUGAUGCUGUUCAGGAUCUGGCAGAACGCGCUCAUGGGACAACCUGUCAGUAGCCAGGAGAUAUGGCACUGGGUUCACAAGUGUUACGGCGAAGAGCUAGGCUUCAACUCUGACGACGAGGGAUAUUCGCGAGACUUGCCUGAUUCAGCGGCUUUGCCUGAGAUAGUCGACCUGCCCGACACCGCCUCUGAGGAGUUGGCGGAGACUUCGUCGAUGGACGCGGGCGGCGACCGCGACGAGUCGCGCGAGCGGAACCAACGCGUACGAGACUGCUCACCCACAGUGGGCAACGGCGGUGGUCUCGGCGCUGACGGCGACGCGCUCCCGACAGACAUGUCGGAUUCCAGCGACUCCGAGCCGGACAAACCACACAAUGGCGGCGGCGCAGAGAAAUGCACCAACACCCACAGCGGCAAAGUGUUACUGCGCCAGGAGUUCCCGUUCCCCAUCGACCAAAUGUUCACCAUGAUCUUCACCAACUCCAAGUUUAACCUGGAACUGUUGGCGGCUAGGGGCACGACCGACUAUGUGCAGGCACCUUGGCAAGCAGCCGCGAGUCUGAAAUGUCGGCAAGUUAGCUACACAUUAGGGCUCACGUCAGGACCUAUAGGGCCUAAGGAAGUACACGUGACAGAGACACAAGUUAUGAACAAGUGUUCAUGUCCGGGACACCUAUAUUCCAUCGACUGCACGACAGAGAACGCGGGCAUACCUUACGCGGACUACUUCACAGUUGAAGUCCACUAUUGCUUGCAGCGGGUAGCAGAAAAUUCCACAAGCUUGCAGCUUUUCGCGCAAGUGCGGUAUAAAAAAAACAUGUGGCCCAUGGUUAAAGCAUUCCUGGAAAAAAACACAAUGUCGGGUCUAGAUGACUUCGCGCGGCUCUUGGAGGCUCGGCUGCUCGGCGAGGCGGAAGGCGCGCAGCCCACCAAGCGGAAAGGCAGACGUACGAGGAGACAGACAGCAUCAUCACAAGAAGCGGCCGCAGCCUCAGUAGUAAAACCCACAGCGGCCAUCUUAGCCCCCCGGGCCAGUGUAUCCAGGCCAGCAGGACGGAACAGUUCCUGGCUCGUCGGCAUACUGGUGCUACUACUGCUGCUCAACGCUCUGCUCUACUACAGACUAUAUUAUACCGCGCCGAAGACUAUAGACGCCGCGGAACUACAAGACAGGAUCAACUCCCUGAGCGGGGCUCAACUGGCGGACUGGUCGGCGUUGCUAGAGUCGCACUCGCGCCGUCAGCGCGGGCAGCUCCUCGCCUGGCGACGAGCGCUAGACGCGGCGCGACAUCAUCUAGCGCAGACGGAGCAAGCUCUCAAAAACCUACUAGAAACGAUCAAACCGACAUUGGAAGACGACGACUCGCCGCGGACUGACCUCUGAGCGACCAUCGCCCCCAACAUUGGCCGGGAUUCGUCCGACACUGACUUGGAUUCGUCCAACAUUGUAUUGAGUUCGUCCAAUGUUGCCUCGAAUUCGUCCGAAGUUGGCUUGGAUUACUACAAUGUCUUGGAUUCGUCCAAAAUUAUCUUGGGUUCGUUCUACAUUGGUUGGCUUCGUCCUACAUUGGUUGGAUUCGUACAGCACUGUCCAGGGUUCAUGCAUUAUGGCAAUGACUCGCUUAUUAGUCAGUGUUGCUCAUAUAAUGAUUAUGUUGAUCUUUGACAAGAGUAAGUGCUUUGGUACCAACAUAUUGGUUAUUGAAUGUUGGAAACUGAAUUGUUAUGAGGUCAAUAUAAGUUAUAUUGGGUAAUUUGUGACCAAUU